AUGCAAUCUGUUCUCUUUAUUUUACUAUCAAUUGGUCUAACAACAUUUGUAACUGCAAGUGAUGUACUCGUAUUUACCGAUAGUGAUUUCGAGUCAAAAGUUCAACAACAUGAUGUUUUGCUUGUUGAAUUUUAUGCACCAUGGUGUGGCCAUUGCAAACGACUUGCACCGGAAUAUGAAAAAGCUGCUACAUUAUUAUUAAAGAAUGAUCCACCUGUUGCUUUAGCUAAAGUUGAUUGUACUGUUGAAACUAAAACAUGUGGUAAACAUGGUGUUAGUGGUUAUCCAACAUUAAAAAUAUUUAAAAAUGGUGAAUUUGCUGAAGAUUACAAUGGUCCACGAGAAGCCGAUGGUAUUGUUUCAACAAUGCGAUCAAAAUCUGGUCCAUCAUUUCGUAUACUUGAAACAUUAGCUGAUUAUGAAAAAUUUUUAGAUCAUAGCGAUCAUAGUAUCGUUGGUUAUUUCGAAAGUGAUACUCAUUCAUUAAAAAGUGAUCUUGUUAAAGUUGCUGAUCAAUUAUCAGAAAAAUUACGUUUUGCUUAUACAACAUCAAAAGAAAUUCUUGAUAAAGUUCAACAUUUAAAUAAAAUUGUUAUUCAUCAACCAAAACGAUUACAAUCAAAAUUUGAAGAUGCUUUUUCAGCUGUUGAAGGUGUUGGCAAUACAAUCAAAACAUAUAUUCAAGAAAAAAUUCAUGGUCUUGUCGGUCAUCGUACACCAUCCAAUGCUGCCGACUUUUCUAAACCAAACGUUGUUGUUUAUUAUAAUGUUGAUUAUGUUCGUGAUACCAAGGGUACAAAUUAUGUUCGUAAUCGUGUAUUAAAAAUUGCAAAAAAAUUGGCUGAUGAAAAAGUUAAUGUUCAUUUUGCUGUAAGCAAUGCUGAAGAAUUUCGUCACGAAUUAAAUGAAUAUGGAAUUGAUGAUAUUAAAAAAGAUAAAAAAUAUGUACUUGCUCGUGGUGCUGGUAGUGAAAAAUAUAAAAUGUCAGAAGAUUUUACUUUUGAACUUCUUGAAGAAUUUGCUCGUAAAGUUGCUAAUGAUGAUCUUGAACCAUAUAUUAAAUCUCAACCUGUUCCCGAACAAACUGGUGAUGUUAAAGUUGUUGUAGGAAAAAAUUUUAAUGAUAUUGUUAAUGAUAAAUCAAAAGAUGUUCUUAUUGAAUAUUAUGCACCAUGGUGUGGUCAUUGUAAAUCACUUGCUCCUAAAUAUGAUGAAUUAGCUAAGAAAUUAAGAAAAGAAUCAGACCUUGUUAUUGCUAAAAUGGAUGCUACAGAGAAUGAUGUUCCACCGCCAUAUGAUGUUCAAGGAUUUCCAACAAUUUAUUUUGUACCCAAGAAUAACAAAGAUAAUCCACGCAGAUAUGAUGGUGGACGUGAAGUUGAUGACUUUAUCAAAUAUUUGGCUAAAGAAGCUACUGAACCUCUUCAAGGUUAUGAUCGUAAUGGAUCAAAAAAGAAGAGUCAAAAGGCAACUGAUGAUGAACUUUAA